AUGAGCUCAGUUGCUGUUGAAAGUGGCUUCCAUUUCAUUGGUAACAUGGCAGGAGCUGUGACGUCAGGAAAUGUAUUUGUGGUGAGCCUAGCAAUCGCAGACCUGGUGGUGGCUGUUUAUCCAUACCCUUUGGUGCUAACAUCUAUACUUAACAAUGGCUGGAACCUGGGAUAUCUGCACUGCCAAGUUAGUGGCUUCCUGAUGGGCCUGAGUGUCAUUGGCUCCAUAUUCAACAUCACAGGAAUUGCCAUCAACCGCUACUGCUGCAUCUGCCACAGCCUCAGGUACGACCAGUUGUUCAGCACCAGGAACGCCCUCUGCUGUGUGCUCCUGAUAUGGAUGCUGACGCUCGUGGCGGUCCUGCCCAACAUGUGCGUGGGGACCCUGCAGUACGACCCGAGGGUCUAUUCCUGCACGUUCGCGCAGUCCGUCAGCUCGGCGUACACGAUCACCGUGGUGGUUUUCCACUUCCUUCUUCCUAUCGUCAUAGUCAGCUUCUGCUACCUAAGAAUAUGGGUCCUGGUUCUUCAGGUCAGAUGGAGGGUGAGACCUGACAGCAAACCCAGACUGAAACCGCAGGACUUCAGGAAUUUCAUCACCAUGUUUGUGGUCUUUGUACUUUUUGCCAUUUGCUGGGCUCCUCUAAACUUCAUUGGUCUCGUUGUGGCCUCGGACCCUGCCAUGGUCCCCAGGAUCCCAGAGUGGCUGUUUGUGACCAGUUACUAUAUGGCGUAUUUCAACAGCUGCCUCAAUGCAAUUAUAUAUGGACUACUGAACCAGAAUUUCAGGCAGGAAUACAGAAGAAUUAUCGUCUCACUGUGUACAGCCAAGAUGUUCUUUGUGGAUAGUUCUAAUAAUGUAGCAGAUAGAAUUAAAUGCAAACCCUCUCCAUUAGUGACCGACCAUAACCUAAUUAAGGUGGACCCUGUUUAAAAAAGUAGAGCAUUAUUGGCAAGAUGUGAACACUGCUCAAAUUCUUACUCGUUUUCAUGUUUGCUCCCUCUUGACGGAUGCUUAGAAAAGCAGCGUGGUUGAGAAACUUACCCUCUGAAGAGACUGCCUCUACAGUUUUUAAGCUAACGUGCAGCCAGCCUUUUGAACACAUCUCUAAUUCUCCGUAUCACGAGAAACACAGAACGUAUACUGAGUUAUAUGUUCAUUAAAGAAUAUGGUUCAGGGACAGAGUUGGGGUAAUUUUAAAUAAAAAUGCUCAGUAUUUUCAAGUGGAGAAAGAGUGUGCAGCCUCUUCUUUUAUUGCCAGUGAGUGCCACAAAGGUAGCAGUUGCUUUUUCCUUUCACUUUUUGAAAAUUUCUAGUAGAAAGGCAAAUGAUGUAUUUUAUUUAGAAAUGAGUACAUGGGACAAAAAGGAGAAAGUGAGGUGAGUGACUCAUUACACAGUGAAAAGCUGAAAAUAAACCAGUGAAUAACUCAACAACAACCAUAACCAUGACCACAAAGUCUUCGACCAGCAGCGUUAGCACUGGGUAGCUGGAGUCACUAUCACAAGUGUUUGUUACUCUCUAUUAAAAGUUGCACAUUCAAGUAGAUGAAGGACUAACUACACGACAGAGCUCUUUUUCAGAUGUCAGUGUCCAUACUAUUCCAAAACAAUAGCUGCAUGUAGAACUCUGUUCAACUUUGUUAGACUUUUGGCUUCUUAUUAUUUUGCCACUGAAGAUCAUCAUCAUUCAUGUCACUGACCAGCGUUUUGAGUUGAUCUCUGUUAAUUUAUUUACUCAUCUAAUCAGUUCAGUUAAAAAUGCCAAAGAAUUAAAGAGCUGUAGAUUCUUAGAUACAUGUGUUACGUGUGAUGAAUGUGUUCUAGACUGAUAAUUUGAGCAAGCAAAUAUCUAGACCAGAGUUUUCCUUUUAUAGGUAUCUCAAAACAGUAUUCUUUAAUAAUUCAUUUCAGUUUUCAUUGCCCUAAUAAU